UUUAGUAGAGCAGUUUCCUUGGCUAACAGGACUUUUCCUUCCUUGGGUUAAACGUAGUUGCUUCUAUUAUAUCCUGAAGCAUCUGCUCUCCCGGUACAGACAUGUGAGCACUGCCAGAGGGCCUGGAAUGUCCCAAGUGGGUAAGAAUAGCCCACAAUGAGAGAUGACUCCCGCUGUCUCUGGUCACUGCAGUUGUCGAGAAUGCUUUGCCUCAGAGUCAACGGCUCAAGGCUGUCUCAACUCGGAGUCAGAGACAGAAAAACUGACCUCCCAUUCCUGGGCUGGAAGCUUUCCCUUUACAUCUGCAGCUCUCACCUUUAAGUCUUUUGUAGCAAAGAUACAUUUAUUCCCGAAAAGGUUUUUCCACCUUCCGAAGUCUCCAGAAGCCUUGAGUCUGUGAUACUCCGGCAGCAUGGAACGCUUGGACCUGCUGGGGUUCCUUCUCAUCACCUUCAACUGCAACGUGACCAUUGUGGGGAAGGUCUGGCUCGUCUUCACGGUCCUGCUGAGGAUGGUGGUGCUCGUCUCGGCGGGCGCGCCCGUGUACCAGGACGAGCAGGAGCGCUUCGUGUGCAACACGCUGCAGCCGGGAUGCGCCAACGUCUGCUACGACGCCUUCUCCCCGGUGUCGCAGCUGCGGUUCUGGCUGCUGCACAGCCUGGCCGCCCUCCUCCCCUCCGCGCUCUUCGGCGUCUACGUGCUGCACCGGGGCGCCGCGCUGGCCGCCCGCGCGCUCGGCGGGGCUGACGGCGGCGGCCGGGACCCCAGCGGCCCGCGCGCCCUGCGGGUGCCGGACCUCUCCUGCGGCUACGUCGCCCACCUGCUCCUUCGGGUGCUGACCGAGGCGGCCUUCGGCGCCUCGCACUACCUGCUCUUCGGGUUCGCGGUCCCGGGGAGGUUCGCGUGCGCGCAGCCGCCCUGCAGCGGCCUGGUGGACUGCUACGUGUCGCGGCCCACCGAGAAGUCCCUGCUGGCGCUGCUCAUGGGCGCGGCCGGCGCGCUCUCGCUGCUGCUCAGCGCCGCCGACCUCCUGUGCAGCGUGCGGGGCAGGGCGCGCGGGCGCCGGGCGUCUCCCCCGCGGCCCCCCGGCCGC